AUGAAUCGAUCCAGAGCGGACGACCCCAAGGUUGUCGUGCCCAUCAGCUCCCUGGGGAGGUUCUCUGACAGGUGGACUAUUCGAGCACGCGUCACCCACAAGUCUUCCAUUCACCCCAAGGACGGCCUGUACAUGUUCUCUGUUGAACUGCGGGACGAGAGCGCUGAGAUCAACGCCAUGGUAAUGAGUAACCGAUGUUGCAAGUGGGUGGGAUUCUACGAGAGAAUUCAACUCAACAAAGUCUACUACAUCUCGGGGGGUGACUUAACACCGGCCGAUCGGACCUAUGUUUCUGUGGAGAACGAUAACGAGCUGCUGUUCACCGACCAGACGACUGUGACUCCUUGCUACGAGGCUACCCCUCGGAUUCCGACACUGUCGGCUUUCAAGUUUGCUAUGGUAAAAGACCUUCAGCGCACCAACAAGGGCACCGCCAUCGAUAUAAUCGGUAUCGGGGAAUGCACCGAUAAAUCGGACGAUUGUUUCGAGCCCUCAUACACUGGACAGGAAGCAAGGAGAAACAUUUGGAUCACAGACCACACCGGCCGUGUACAACUUACCCUCUACGGUGAUCAGGUCGAGAAAUUCAAUGGCAGGCAUGCUGCAGUGGUGGCUGUGAAAGGCGCAAGGCUAGGCGUCUCCGACGAACUGUCCCUGCACAUGUGCAGAUGGGGCCACAUCGAAGUGAACCCGGACCUACCAGCGGCAGAUUCUCUUCGUGAAUGGUGGUUAAGCGAGGAGCGACUCCUGGACUUCAUUUCACGCAUCAAGUCCGGUUGAUGGCACGCCUCUGCAAGGGUCAAAUUUCAGACCAAGUUUCCGUGCUUUGAAAAAAAGGGAGCCUUGCUGAGAACACCACAUUUCCUGCAGGAAGCUUCCUUCAUAUAGUUAAUAGCAAUAGCUGUUUUGAGCUCUUUCCCUACCCCCUUCAUUUGUCACGGCGUCACGUAACACCACGAAGUGACGGAGUUUAGUUACGUCGUGGUGAUACGAUUUGAAGUGACGUCAGGAUGUC